AACAACUUUACCCUAGCAACCGUGGGCCUGCACGACGAUAUGGCUAAUUUGAAAAUAUUGUCAGACAUUCGUCGCACGAUUGAAUUCUGCAAUUUCAAAAUCUCUCAUACAAACAAAUUUAAAGCAAUAUAUUGAAGGAAGUGAUAGCCGGUUCGUUUGCAGUGUCUUAAAAUGGGGAAAAAAGGAAAAGGAAGAAAGGGAUCUAAAGGCAGUAGCAAGAGCGGUAAAGGAAAAGGACAACUAGAAAAUAAGAAAUCUACGGUACCGAAAAUUGACGAUACAACAAAACAAUUUUACUUGUGGCAAAUUAAAAUCCUAGAGGACAAAGUUUGGAAGUACCAAAAGCAAAAUGAUGAGCUUGUUGUAGCGAGCACCCAGUUUAAUGAGAAGCUUGAUCAGUGUAUGACUGACAAAAAUGACAUCAUCAACUUCUGGAAAUAUCAACUGGAAAUGAAAGCGAAUGCUUACAAUGACUUAAACGACAAGUAUACAACUUUAAAACAAAUAUUGGACAAUGAACAAGAACAGUGCAGAAAACAGAUGAUGCAGAUCAGAAGAGAAGCAGAUGAGAACCAGAGCCAGAUAGUGGCAGAGAAUUUGUUGUUAAACUCGAAGCUUAUGGCAUUGGAAGAGUUUCGUCUUCAGAGAGACAGUUUGUUGUCAAAGCUUGAAUCGCUCGAAGAGGAGCUGGCAACAAAAAAUGAAGAGUAUACAGAAAGUAUUGCCAAUAUGGAGCGUAAACUCGUAUGUGAUAAAGAGAGGUUAAAAAGUGAAAUGAUAGCUCGGAUAAAAAAGGUUGCUGGCGAAUUCCGCAAGGUGACCGACAAGACGCUCAAUACAACCAUCAAAAGAGCUUUGAAUGAGAACAUCAUGGUGAGCGCGCAGCUGGCCAAAAUGUCAGACAAGACUGUGGAGCUGAUUGAAGAGAACGACAAGCAGAACACGGUCAGCAGCAAGUUGGAGCAGAAGAUCAUACUGCUGGAGUCCAAUGAAAAAGAAUUGAGUGCUCGUUAUCAAGACAGUUUAAAAUUAAUGAACAAGUUGAGAGAGCAAUGUUUCAGCCAACAGGAGCAAAUUACCCAACUCAAGGGCCAGUACGCUAUGCACAGAGGUGAUGAAACAGAGUGCUCUCGGCUGCAAGUGGAGGUUAUGGUUUUAAAGAAAGAUAUUGACCAGCUGACCAAGAGAGUGAAUGAUCUGGUGCAUGAGAAUGUGGAGCUGCGGCUGAACAGUCUGACAGAUACAGAGACAAGGGAGGAGAAUGAGUAUCUGUUCACUAAUGCUGUGGAUACACUCAAGGAAUCUGUCAUGAUGCUGGUUCCAUCUGAUGAAAGAUACACCCCAGAUUGUGAGAAGAUACAACACAACAUGCUGGAGAGUCUGGUGGUUCUCAUGAAAAGCUCUCAGGCCAUGGGGAUUAAGAUGGCCAAGCGCGAUGUCCUUCCAACUGAGCAAAUAUCACUUACGUUUGUUCCUAACCGCAAAACUGUUACUCAUCAGAGUGUCGCAGAAAAACAAGCCAGAGAAAAAAAAGAUGGCCGUUAUAUACUGGGUGACCUAGGGCUAACCCCUAGAGCUGAUCAGAUUUUGGCAACUCCAAGACAAAAGAUGAAGAAUACUGCCAAGCUGUCAGAGUUAGCUCCCCUGCGUGGAGUCUUGUGUAAAUCUUUAGGAACUCAGACAGCUAAUGCACCUACGGCCAUCGUCUACUCCCAGCAAAUGCGUGGCAGUAUUCCAGAGUACAAGCUGUAUUCCAAGGUCCAAGAGAGUCAGGUGCAGGAGUUACAUCGUCCACCCACAGGGUCAGCACCCAGACCCACCCCCACCAAGUUUCUUAACAGCAGGUUUUAAAUCCAUCACCGCCUUAGUUUUAACAUUCAGUUCUGUUUGAAAAAAUAAACCUAAUGUUUAAGAUA